AUGGCUUGUCCAAACUGCUUGUUAGUCGUGCUCGUAUUAACUUUAGUGACAAAUAUCAAUUGUUCAAGGCUAAUCACAAUAUUUUCCGAUUUCACCAACGAAGAUGAUUUGAGAUUCUUCAGGAACAUCUUCCCGUGGAUCGUUGGAAAUGUAGGAUCGGAAAUCAGGGUCGAUUACCAGUUUAAAGACUCGGGCAUGGCAUCGGGGCCGAGGAAAUGUAUUCUCCUGCAGAUGGAUGGCAACACCUACCUUCAAGCGUCUUACCUGAAACAUGAAGCGGAGGGAAAACCAAGAGAGAAUUUCCUAUACAACUAUCCUGUCGACUCGAGGAAAUUCACGAACUGCCUUUUCAGAAAUGUCAAUUAUUACUUGAAGGAAUCCCAGAGAAAGUUCAGCCGAUUGAGAUCUACCGAGACACCAACUGUUUUACUGUCGAGAGACAACGAAGUGAGCGGGAUGGAACCGGAUAUCCUUCUGGAUAGUUUGUGUCAGCUGUUCGGCAGAAGAGAACCACAGGGAUGCAUCGACCCGACGCCUUUUAAUGGUGUCAUCCUGCAAAAUGAGUUACGCCCGGAUAUAUAUAACAAGAAGCCUAGACUGCCCCCAUACCGGAAACUGACAACCGUAGUAGCUCAAAGAUUGCCCAAGAAGAAUAAAGAGCCAAAUACAAACCAAAGGGACAAAUACUUUUAUACUUCA